AUGUCAGAUAACCACACCCAGGUCAUAGACACAUACGAAAACAACGAGAUAUCAGCGCAAAUAAUAGAGUUCCAGGACAAGUCCGUCAUCCACCUUGCGCUGAAUGGAGAGAAAGACACAACCAUAGACAUCCCAUUGCCGCUGACACCGGGAAUCAAACUUGCGUCUGAAUCCACAAGUUCCAGAAUAUCGCCUGUGGUUUUGCUGGGAAACCAACAGAAUCUGAAGACUAUGGUGAUGGCCAACCAGAUAGGCACUCUGUUCUACACGUUUUCACCAGAACCGAAGAAUCUGAUCCUGAUCACAUCUUCGAAACUCUGGAAUGAGAAGGAUGAUGCUAGUAACGCAGAUUUCCAGAAAUUGGCGUUUAUUCUUGGUUUGCUGAAAAGAUGUGCUGGAUUCCCGUGA